GCGAGGGAAUAGGCCCCAAAAAGCAACACGUCCAUUGUCCAUUUCGUUUGUAGGGAGCCGGCAGUUUGCUUGGCUCGGCUAUCAGUCUAUCACGUUCACAUAUAAUUCACCCUGUACUUUAGGAGUUGGACCUCCACAUUCCACAGGACCACAGACAGGAAGAGCCUGGCCUCCCUCUGCUAGUAAACAGAAAAACCAAAUCCUUAUCUCUCUCCAUCCGUCUCUACCCUUAUUUCUUGAGGGAGGGAGGGAGCGAGCGAGCGAGCGAGCAAUGGCAGUGAAAGUGCUAUCAUCCCCUCCGCACCCACAUCCAACCCCUCUUAGUUCUCGUUCUCUGAAAAUACUCCACGUAACCCACCACGAGCAGAGGCAGCUGCAGCCAUGGCGGCUGAGCCAGCGUUCAUUAGGAACCAACAAGAAGAGAGAGGUGGUGAUGAGCUCCCUCCACGAGUCUCUUGUUAGUACGUCGUCGUAUCUGGUACCACUCUUACUGGAACCACCGCAGCAACUGAACGCAUCCAGCAGCAGCAUCAGCAGCUCCCUCAUGUUUGUGGUUGGAGCUGCAGAAGGCGCCGUGGGUUAUUCGUUGGCCAGUUACUACACAUCCCUGGGUCUCUUCGUCAUCUCUGUUCCUGGCCUUUGGUCCCUCAUCAAACGUUCUGUUAAAUCCAAGGUAGUUCAAAAGACGUUUAUAGGUGAAGAGAAGAAGGCACCAAGCCAAGUCGCUGGUGAAAUCUUAUCCUUUUUCACUCGCAACAAUUUUGUGGUCACUGAUAGAGGGGAGACCAUUACGUUUGAAGGCAUGAUGGUUCCAAGUCGAGGCCAAGCCGCAUUGCUUACUUUUUGCACCUGCAUCAGCCUCGCAAGUGUAGCUCUUGUUCUCACCAUAACUGUUCCUGAUUUCGGCAAUAACUGGUUUUUGCUCACCGCCUUAAGUCCAUUGGCGGGCGCAUAUUACUGGAAGCGAGCAUCGCGAAAGGAGCAGAUCAAGGUCAAAAUGAUGGUCAAAGACGACAGUGCAGAGUCAGAGAUCAUCGUUCAAGGGGAUGAUCAGCAAGUAGAGCAAAUGAGAAAGGAGCUUCUACUGAGUGAGAAAGGAAUGGUGUAUGUUAAGGGCAUAUUCGAGAGAUAAAGAAAUACCGCUAUCUCUAGUCAAAUUCAAUGUUUUGCUCAGAGUCAUAGAGGAGACUAGGAAAUUAAGCUGUUCUUGUAUUACAUCCUUGAAAGAUUUUGAGAUAUGUAUAUACAAUCAUUCGAUUUGACCUAUUCAUACUACUUCCGUAGUA